CGACGUGGCGCCCGGCGUCUUCUCGUGCGAGCUCGCCUCCGUGCGCGUCUACUCCUACAAGGACGGACAGCUCACCCUGGUCGACAGGGCUUGCGGCUCUGAAAACCGGAGCACGGCCGUUCUCACGGAGGGUGGAGUUGCUAUAGUGACGUACGCGACAGUGUUGCCCUCCAGCAAUGCGUCUGGAAACGCCACUGGCGCGUUCACCGUUCUGGCGCAAGUGCUCGGUGCCCCCAGCUACCAGCCCGGAUACCGACCACCGACGCCCACGCAGAUCACCGGCAACUACAACCUUUACCAGACGCCACCCACUUAUUACUACAACCAGGUUGAGGAACCAAGCGUCGGAGAUGUGUGUGGUGACUGGGAGCUGGAUGGUGGACGCUCUGCUGGUGGUCCUGCCUCUCGCGUACUGGUACCGCAGGUGCAACUUUUUCUUCUGGGAGAAGCUGGGAGUGCCUUACUUGAAGCCCACGUCGUUCCUCGGCAACAUGGGUGGGAUGGCGAUCGGAGAGCAGCACGCCGGAGAUCCCAUAUACGAUUGCUACCUGGAGGCUGCUGAUGCGCCCUUCAUGGGUAUGUUCGCUUUCGGCAAUCCGCUGCUCAUGGUCAAGGACCCGGAACUGUUGUCUCGUGUGCUGGUGACGGAUUUUCCAGCAUUUAACAGCCGUAACUUCGCUGUCGGAAGUGACUCACUGUUGACAAAGUCUGUCUUGGGUGCAAAUGGAGACAGAUGGGAAACGCUGAGGACGAAGCUGGCGCCAAUAUUCACUCCCGGCAAGAUAAAGGCGAUGUUCCCACUGAUGGAGGGCGUUGGACAGGACUUGGUGCAGCACCUCGCUGCCGAAGUUGAGAAAGGUGAGGCCAUUGAUGUGUGGCAGGUGAUGGCUCGGUACACGGCGCACGUGCUCUGUACGAUAGUGCUGGGAGCGGACGCCGGCUCCAUGUCGGAGGCCAAAUCGCCGAUGACAGAGCACGUCAUGGGCCUCACACGCAAAGACGUGCUGGCUCAGCUGUCCCUCGCCAUCAGUCUCCUGGCUCCACAACUCUUCAAGCUGUUUCCUUUGACGUUCACAUCCGAGAGGGAAGAGACCCUCCUCUACUUCUCCAACGUCCAGAUGAUGAACGAGCGGAGGCAGAAAGGAAUAGUCCGUGCGGACAUGGUGGACACACUGAUGCAGCUGCGGACAUCAGCAAAUAAGAAACAAUCGAAAAGCGGUGCGAACAGGAAGUCGUCAGCCGGUACAAAUCAUAUGGAAAUGGAUGACGAGACAAUAGUUGGCAACAUCGUCGCUUUCCUGAUUGGUGGGCUUGACACGUCUGUUUCGACCAUGACGUACGCUCUGUACCAGCUUGCCGUCAACCAGCAAAUACAAGACAAGGUCCGCCUGGACAUCCGUGAGGCCAUCUUUCGCCACGGCGGCGAGUUUACAUACCAGGCACUGGGAGCCAUGAACCGGCUCGACUGCGUCAUCAACGAGACCAUGCGGCUUUACCCUCCGAUGAACUUCCUGGACCGCAAAACGACGCAGCCCUUCCGGAUCCCGGGCACAGACAUAGUGCUGCCCAAGGACACGGGCAUCGUCGUCUCGGUGCUGGGCCUGCACCACGACCCUCGGUACUGGGAGCACCCAGAGCGCUUCUUGCCGGGGAGGUUCAGCGGCGAGGGCGGCAAGGCGAGACCCAGCCACACCUUCCUGCCCUUCGGGGACGGCCCGAGGCAGUGCCCUGGAUUGAGAAUGGCACACACGCAAAUGAAGAUCGCCCUGGCGAACGUCCUGAUCAACUUCCGCGUGAGCGUCACUGAGAAGACUCCAGUGCCUCAGGCUGCAAACCGUCGGAAGCUGAUACGGAAGUCAGAGGGAUCGUUUGAGCUGGCCUUCGAGAAGGUUUCCUAACGAGAGCAACGAGGUCGCCGAAAUUGAUCUGUUGUGAAUUAUGAUUGC